AUGGACAUGGAUGGAGUGGAAGAGGACGUUCGAGAAGAAGAAGAAGUGAACGAUGAGGAAAUUCAUGAAUUCAGAGAUCAGGGAAAUUCUAGCAGUGACGAAGAGGGCGGAGUCGAAGUUGACCAAGAGCAUCUCUUUGACUAUGCGCUCGAGGAAAAUGACAAUCGAGAGUUUUUUGAGAAUCAUGCAAGGCUCGCAGAUUACGGAACAAACUUGUUCCCCUACUUCGACAUCAACGCUGUCAUCUUCCCAGGUAAACAAUUCUACUUUCUAUUCUACUCGAAUCGUUGAAAUUCAUUUGUAGAGCAAGAGCUCCCACUGAUAUUUCCACAUAAUGAAGCUGAUAAGUUCCACAGGAUAAUCGCAAGUGCACGUGGCGAUGGAUUCAUUGUCAUCUUUCCUGAACGGAUCUCCGCGUGCCAAACUGUUCCAUUCGUUGCCACACUAUGCACACUGGAUCAAGCGAACAAUCAGGCUCUCAGUGUCAAAAUGCGAGGAGUAUAUCGAUGUAAAGUUCUCGAAUUAAAUCUGUUAGUGUCAAUUUUUAGCUUGAACAUUCCAAAUGUCUGUUUUUUUGCAGAAACACUGGAGAAGCGAAUGUGCAAAAGUUGCCCGAAGUGGAAUUGCCUCCGAUUUUAGGGAAGAUGCUCCCGAAGUACGCCAACAGCCUUUCGAUAUCCGAAAAGCAAAAAAUGGCAACCAUGACGAGCGGAUAUCCGUUCUACUUUCUUCGAAAUAUCACGGACAAACACGUGAAUAAAUGUGCUGCCGAACUGCAAGCAUUGGUCGGAGGAGGAGCCGUUCAUCAGGCACUUUCUCGUGGACUUCCCUUCUUCAGCUAUUUCGUUGCUCGGAAUAUGAGCUCAAAUAUGGAGAUCGAGUACAGUAUUCUGAAGGAGAACUCCGCUAAUACUCGAAUCGCAACUGCUGCCAAGUACUGUAGAAAGCUUGGCGCCGUAUGUUCCGAAUGUGAGAGUCCCGUCUUCCGAAGUGAGCACAUCCUCCGGAUCACCGAUCCUACAAUGAACCACGUGAACGCUCACGGAAUUGUGCACAGAAUCACUUUGGUCUCGCAGCUUGAAAACUUUCGAGUGAUGACACGUCCAUCCUUCGAAUUCACUUGGUUUCCAGGGUAUUUCUCAAAUUCCAUUCUCAUCAGUAUUUCAGUAAUUCAUUUUCAGAUACGCGUGGGUAAUUCUCCAGUGUGCAUACUGUGGCCAGCACUUGGGAUGGGAGUACCAAAGUGAAACUCGCAAUCCCAGAAUUUUCUACGGAAUACAACGGGAAGGAGUGAAGUUUUGCCGUGACCACGAGGACGAUGGUGACGCAGAACAGGAGCAACCGCUCAUCUUUGGGCAAUUUCCAGACUAG